CCUAACUGAAAUUUUUAUUUGUGUAUUAUGUCUUAUAAAGGUGCAUAGGUCAUUUUUAUAUAAAUGCGUUUUGGAGAGAAGAUGAGUUAUGAUAAGAGUAAUUGAGGCAAUUCUGAUAGUUAUGUCUGCUGUUGCUCCGGAUACUCCGUGGACGUACACUUCAAGAUGUACAAUGAAUGAGUUACCGAAACCUGAUCGUCUACUGGUGAUGUCAUCAUACACGAGAAAAGUCCUCAAACUCACCACAAUACAAAUAAUCAACACAUCGAUCAUUGUAAUCAUCUUAUCUCUAAUAACUCCGAAAUAUAUAUCUCUUGAAGAUAUACAGUUAAUUACUGCUGGUUUAUCUUCAUUAAUCGCAUUAGUAGUAGCGGUUGUGAUCGCGUUUGUAAAGAAGUAUAGUGAAAAAUAUUCUGUGAACGUCGAUCUGGUGAUAAUUUAUUCCACAUGCAUGGCUAUAGUACUUGGCGUUUCGAAUACGAUGUUAGGAGCUAUUACUACUCUUGGUGUCUCAAUAAUCAGCUUGGUAAUCUUCAUAUCGGCAUUGCUCAUUGGCGCAGCAAUCAAGACAAGUUUAGUAGAUCAAUCAGUAACUAUUCUGUUAUCGGUUGAUGUCGUAUGGGCAGUAAUUGAGACCGUUUCGAUAGUACUCAACUCUUUAAAAAUAAUGCGAGCAGUGAUUGGUCUUGACAUUGUAGCGGAAAUAUUGUUAUUUAUUAUAACAAUAUUUGUGAGUCAUAUAACAGUUGGUAAAUUACGAUAUAUUCUCUUCUAUCCAAUUUAUGCGUUGGCAUCAAUAUUUUUGUACUCCAUGUUUUGUUUGAUAUUAUAUCAGACAAUAUUGCUGGGUUCGGGAUUAUUUUCACGUGACUGUUCAUGGAAAUGUACAUGGAACUGUUCAUUUAACUGUUCAUGGAUCUGUUCAUGGAACUGUUCAAGUAGACUAGAUUCUUUGGAAUUAUGAUAUUGCUCCGUCGAUGGCUGCGAUAUUUUGUUCCCUUUCUAUAUUCAUCUUGAAAUUCGAAAUCGCACUGAUCAGUACUUCUGCUUUGAUUGGUGAAUAAAUACCAAUCUGUGAAAAAUGACAUACAUAUGUAUACAUAUGUGUGCUUCUGGCUGUGUUGACUAAAACUUGAUGUACAUGAUGGUUUCUUCCUUGAUUUCACAUUUG